AUGAUACUUGGUGAUUUAUGUGAUUAUCUACUCAGCUUUGUAACAUUUAAGCUGAACAAUGAGUUCAAGAAUGCAUGUAUGGAUGCACAAAUCAUUCGACUAAACUGUUCACUAAAAGAAUAUCUCGAAUUGUAUGGCCUAUUCAAACGGUCACUUUACGGAAAAUGUCAUUCCACAACAUUUGUUGAUUCACCCGAGAAGAGGGAAUACUGGGACAAGUGCAAUCACUUGUCCAUUAGGGCAGCCAAGAAAAUGUACAUUGACCUAGUUAAUUCGCUGAAGCUUAAGUAUGAUACUGGGCUAUCGCACUUUGGAUCCAUCAGCAAGAUGAAUAUAAAUGAUGAUAUGGACAGCAGUAAUCCACUCUACAUUUUUCAACUGGUCAAUACUGGAGACAUUAGCAAAUUGUCUGAACUUCUAAAUGAAAGGCCUUCGCUUAUAUCUACAAAAGGUGAUGAUGGGAUGACACUUUUACAUUUAGCAUCGGACAGAGAUCAUGUUGAUAUAGUUAAACUUUUAUUGGAAUUUGGAAUGGACGUGAAUGUAAAGGACAAUUUUGGAGAUUCACCUCUUGACGUGGCAAAUAUUGCUAAUUCGCAAAAUUGCAUCGAUUUAUUGGUAUUGCAUGGGGGAGUAGCGAACAAUACGACCCACAAUUGA